AUCCUCAUAUUAUUUAUAUCAACGUGUGAAAUCCAAGGUGUAGAUUAUUUAUAGAGUUCACAACUCUAUAAAACCUUGCAUCGAUUAAAGGAUGAUCAUACUCAGGCAAUCACAUUAAGGGAAGCUUCAAGCACCUAAAACAAAAUGGAGCUCUCUUCUUUGUUCUUGAUCUUCUCCUUUCUCGCAUUAGCACUGAGUUCAGUAGGGGAAUCUUUCAAAAACGCCCCUGCAAUUUUCGUGCUUGGAGAUUCCUUGGCCGACGUCGGGAAUAAUAAUAACUUGAAUGUUUCGUUGACGUCAACGGCAAACUUUCCUCCUUAUGGCAUUGAUUUCCCCUUCAAGACUCCAACGGGGAGGUUCAGCAAUGGAUAUAAUACUAUUGAUUGGCUAGCCAAGCAUGUAGGGUACAAGCGAAGCCCACCAUCGUUCCUCUCCGUCACAAAGGGAGCAAGUAUGUUACACGGAGUAAAUUUUGCCUCUGGAGGUUCAGGAAUUCUUGAUACCACUGGCACGGCUAUAACCUUCACGACUCAGAUUGAAAAUUUCAGGGGCGCCAUCGGCGAUCUAUCGGAAAAAAUGGGGGAAAAGAGAGCAAAUUACCUCAUCUCAAAAUCCCUCUUCCUCAUUAGCGCCGGGAGCAACGAUAUGUUUGCUUACUACUUAGCAUCAGGGGCUCAAAAUACUACACAAAAUGAACAGUUCGUUACCUCUCUUGUUGAAAAAUUAAGUGAACGCCUCAAGGUACUGUACGAACACGGAGCACGAAAGUUCGGGAUACUGGGACUUUCGCAUCUUGGGUGUAUUCCAUCGUUGAAGAGCCGAAACCCUACGGGGAGAUGCUUUGAGGAUUUGAACGGUCUGGCUAGGAUUUUCAACACAGCAGCCAGAGCUCGGAUGCGUCGACUCGAGUCUAUGCUAAAAGGGAUGAAGUACUCGUAUGGAAAUGCCUAUGACUUGAUGUCUACUGCUCUAGAUAAACCACACUUAUUUGGGUACAAGGACGUUAACAGUGCCUGUUGUGGAUCCGGCAAAUUCAAUGGUGCAAUCUCUUGCUCACUAAAAUCUAAUCUGUGCUCAAACCGCAGCCAAUAUCUUUUUUGGGAUCAAUUUCAUCCCACUCAAGCCACUUCUAAGUAUACAGCAAAGUUUUUUUUUGGAGGCUCACGGAAAUACGCCAGUCCAAUUAAUUUUAAGUCGUUGGCAAGGUAUUAAAACCUUGGAAAAAGUGGCAUUUGUUUGUCUCAAUGAACCUCUCUUUGAGGGAUUGUUUGGUUUAUUGAAGAAAGUAUUUGUUGUA